GGCCAGCCCUGAGCGGGUGGGGCAAACGUGGAAACGGGUUUGGGUGGAGACCAGCACACGUGGAGCCCACCUGAGAGCAGAGCCAAGGGCGAGUUGUGUAUCUGUUUGUUGUUUUUACUCACUGAGUAGGCAUCCCGCAGAGAGAGAGGGGGGGGGGAGAAAAGCAAAAUGCGCCCUUUUAAGCCUGUGAGUUGGAUACAGUGAGAAAGGUUUCUGGAGGGAUCAAUCGUCUGAGCAAAACCCACGGAGGAGGGAUCCUAGUGAAAAGGGAGCAAGUUCCAGUAAGGAAAGAGAUCCAAAGAGGGGAGGCUUUUUUAAAAAAAAAAAAAUAAUUAAAAAAAAACUCAUUAAGAUCCACUGAGCGUAAAUCUAAGGAGGAGAGGCAUUUAUAUUUUUUAAAUCCAUUAAGAAGUGAUCCAAACGGGACAGCCAUUUAUUAAAAACUCGGGUGAGCAAGUUCUAGGGAGGACAGAUGGAAAGGAGUUGCAGGUUUUUUGUAACCCGGUGAGUAGCACCCAAAGUUUGAAGGUUAGCGAAUGGGAUCCAGUUGGGAAGGAUCCAAUCAAGACUUGUGCUGUCGUCCCCCCCCCCUUCUAAGAAUGGGAUCUAUUGUGGGAAAGAUCAGUGCUUAAGCAGGCCAUUUUAACAAACUCACUGAGAAGAGGAUUUAUUCCGGAUGGUUCAUUGCGCGUACCUGAGAGGACUACAAAUUAACCAGGAGGCGGCUUGAAUAUGAACCGUUCCCUCAAGGCUCCACCACUCUAGGCAGAAAACUCAGGUAUCUUGGCUUCUAGGUGCUCCCAGCCCCCCAAAACCCCCAGCAACAGCCCCCUUCCUUCUUUGUAAGGAUUAAGCCUUAUUCCGUUCACCCUGCAAAGGAAUUUAGGAAGCUGCCUUAUGCCAGAGUCAGGCCAUUGGGUCUGCCUAGCUUAUUACUGUCAACACUGGCAGGCAGCAGCACCCCCAGGAUUUUGGGGAAGGGGUCUCUCUCAGCCCAACCUGAAGAUGCUUCUGGGACCUGAAUCUGGAACUUUCUUGUAGCUCUGGGAGAGCCCAGCUGGUAGAGCAUGAGUCUCUUAAUCUCAGGGUUGUGGGUUUGAGCCCCACGUCGGGUGAAAGACCCCUGGACUCGUUGACCCCUGUGGCCCCUUCAAACUCUACCAUUUUAUGACUGCCUGCAAAGCAGAUACUGCACCCCUGAGCCGAUGGCCCCUCCCCCAAAAGAAAAGGAUCUAGGAAGAGAUGCAGUUCUCAGCCUGGAGGCCAUUCUCAUCUUCUGAGAUGGCAGGUUGACGGCCCUUUUAACUGGCCCCGAUCCUGUGCUUUGAAGCAUCCUCUGAAGCGCAGACACUUAGGAAGUGGGGCUUCUCAAGGGAAGCUUGACAGGGGGUUGUUUCCUGCUUGGCAGGGGGUUGGACUCGAUGGCCCUUGUGGUCUCUUCCAACUCUAUAAUUCUAUGAUUCUAUGAAAUGCAUGGCAAGACCCCGUUAAAAGCACAGGAACCAGCGCUGUGCGUUCAGAGCGGCGGUGCUGAGCCACUUUAAAUGCCCCUCAAAUAGUCUGCAGUUUGUUAAGGGUGCCGACUGUCGCAGUGAGUCCCCCAUCCGCCUCAGAGAGUGGUUCACCUCAUCCCAGGUAAUUUGGGGAAUCGUAGCUGCUUUAAAACAGGAAGUGACCAAUGCGCAGAGGAGAACGCUACCAUUGGCUACUGGUCACAUGGCCGCGUUCUACCUCCAACUGUCAGGGCUGUUACGCCUCUGAAUACCAGUUGCUGGCAAUGGCAAACUGGCCCGUGGCAGCGGAUUGUCGGCUGCGGGAGCAGAGUGCUGGGCUGCCUGCAUGUUCUGCGCUCAGGCAGAAUUGGGGCAUCCUCUGUGAACCUGCCCAUGUGUCUCUGUGUCCAUCACACACAUUGCAUCACCUCCCCUAGCCACUGCCUCCUCCUCUUCCUCCUCACACUGGACUUUUUUAUUAUUAUUCCUAGGAUGACUGUAUAUAAUGGGCAAUGUCCAAUCAGAAGCCACACAAGAAUCAGAGACUGCCAAAGACGGGGAGGAGAAGGCCAACCCGGACAGGAGCAAGCCAGACCGGGGUGCGAGCGGCGCUAAGCAUGAAUUGGGGAGCCGCCCCCCGGGUCUCCAGGCCCCUGAGCAGAAAGCUACCAGUCAGCUGCUGAGCACUGAGCCAGGGGGAGGGGACAGGCCGGCGGGGGCUGCUGCGGAGAUGGGGAAGAAUCAUUCCAAGAAAUCGAAGCUGAAGCUCUCUUCCAUGUGGGCGCAGAACACAGCCAGUGGCGGGAUAAAGGAGGCCAGCCUCUGCGACAAGGACCCAGGGGCGGAGAAGCGGGGGCUGGCUUGCCUGAGCAGGGCGGACCUCCAGAGCAGGCCGAGCUCGGCCCCCGCCCCGCCAGAGGACCCCAAGGGGCUGAAAGCGUCUCUGAGGCCUCCCCCAGCGCUGCCCUCUGACCCCAGGGACUUGGGCGCCAAGCGAGCACCGGCAAAGGGGAAGGGCAAGCCAGAGAACGUGCCUCAGGCCAGGGGCAUGGGCGGCCUCCUGCUGCAGCCCGAGAAGCUGGUGGAGCUGGGCCCGGCUGCUGAGGCGCCCCCGGACGUGGCAGAAAUGGAGGUCUGCUGGACCCAGCACAUCAAAGCCAGCGCCAAGGAGCACUUUGAAAACAAGGGGAGGGUGCUGGAGUCGGCUCCCUCGGCCAAGAAGCAGCCAGCGGGCCCAGAACCUCUGAGGGGGGCCGAGGAUGUGGCGGCGGCCGCGGCAGGGCCUUGGCCACUGAAUGAGAAAAGCGCCAGCCGUUCAGCUGUGUCCGGCUGUGUGGCUCCACCUGGAGGGAAGAAGGCUCUUCUGUCGUGGGGGUCUGGGCAGAAGGAGAAAGAGAGUCCCGGACAGCGGGACAGCGCCCCUGGCAGCGACGGAGACUCCCGGGGCCUGGCCCUUGCCUCCCAGUUGCCUGCGGAUUGCUCUGAGACACCGGGCAGCCCCGGGGAGAAGGCCCAAGGCUCAGGGAGCGAGGCGAAGGCCGGGGCAAAGAGCGAGGCCCUGGGAGCGGAAGGGGUCAACUCGGAGACCAUGCAGGAGCUGCUGGAGAAAGGCCUCAACUUCCUGUACAAAGUGACCAUCCAGCCGGGGCAGUGGCCACCCAGCAUCAAGGCGGUCAAGCAGAAGGCGGGCGUCAUUUCCUCCGGCAUCUCCUACGCCGACGUCCUCAAGCAGUGCCCCCAGAAGAAGGCGCCCGCCGGCGCUGCCCCGGCGCUGCCGAAAGCCUUGCACCACCUCACCGCGGCGGGCAAGAAGCUGCCGUCCUUCAAAGGGCUGGAGAGGAGCAACCCUGAGGACUUCUCCUCGCUCAGCCAGCUGUUCCUGGAGCACUUCAAGAAGGUCACCCCGAAAGAGCCCGCUGCCCCCCACGCCCCCAGCCAGCAAGUGGUCACCUUUUUUGAGGAGCUGUCCACCGGCAACACCAAGCGGCCAGAGUGGCAAAGGCCCCGGCCGCCCACUCCGUACCCCCAGCGCCGCAAAGGGCAGGGCCGGAAGCUGCCCAAGUUUGGAACGGCCGUGUCCCAGGUCGUCGCCUUCCUGGGGAGCGACCCCAAGUGCGAUUGGUUUGUUCACGACGACGGCCAGGUGUCUCUGGACGAGGCCGCGGCAGGAGCUGAAGACGGGGGCAAGGACUGCGCCGACCCACCCAGCCCUGGCGAGAAAGGGGCCGAGGCGAUGGGCUCCCCUCAGCCCGUUGUGGCCCUCUUGGCGGAGCACGAGGCAGCCGGGGAGGCUGACGAGGCUGCCCAGAGGUUGCGCAGAAGGCCUCAGGGCAUGGAAGGGGUCGCCAAGGAAACGGGCCCAGCGAAGCCACCGGCCUGUAAUGCUGCCCGGGGCGGCCAUUCUCCGCUGGCCAUUCCUCCGUUCCCCCAAAAGGAAGACCAGCCCCCGGCGUCCCUGCUAGGCCCGAGGCCGUGCUCUCCCGGGGAGGUGCUGGAGGCCCCCAGUCCAGCCGCCUCUGCCCGGUGCGCCCCCGUGAGACUGAUUCCCGAACAGAAGGUGCCAGCUGCAGCCCAGGCGAGGCCCAAGAUCCGGAAACAAGGCCCCUCCGCCGCGAAGUCCAAAGAGAAACUCAAAACCUCAGGGCAGCCGAAAGUGAAAACGCCCAAGGGGAAGGGGCAGAAGCAGUGGCCCCGAGGCUACGGGAUGAGCUCCCUGAGGUUAGAGGGUGUUCCCCUCUUCCCGCCUUUCGAAAACGUCGCCAGGCCGUUUUAUUUUGGCGAGCCUUUGGUGAGUCUCGUGGAUUUGGCUGCUCUUUGUUUGAUUCAUUGACGGCUGCUACCCACGCUCUUCAUUCCUUUUUGCUGUUAAUGAUCUGUUAUGGUUCUUUACAUCCUUUCCAACCUGGUUUUGGAACAAGCAAGGCCUUGGGUAUCUUGAGGCACUGGUCUUCAACUGGUGGGUCUGGUCCAAGGUGGGUCACAAUGGGAGCAUGACCCACCGUGCACAUAUAUAAAGUAAAAGGUUAAGAAAUGCGUCCCCAGAGGCAUGUUUGAGUUGGAAAUGGGUCCUGGGUCUGAAAAGGUUGAGGAUGCCUGCCCAGGGGUGUGAUAUAUCUGCGUUGCCCCAGCUACUCUGGGAGGCUCUUCCCCCCCCUCCAAAAAAAACACAGCGAGACAUCAAACAUUAAAAGCUUCCCUAAACAGGGCUGCCUUCAGAUGCCUUCUAAAAGUCAGAUACAGUGGUACCUCGGGUUACAUACGCUUCCGGUUACAGACGCUUCAGGUUACAGCGCACACACCGUACAUUUAAAGCACAUUUCCCUCUUCCUCAAGAAUCCCGGGAAUUGUACAGUGGUACCUCGGGUUACAUACGCUUUAGGUUACAGACUCCACUAACCCAGAAAUAGUAUCUCGGGUUAAGAACUUUGCUUCAGGAGAACAGAAAUCGUGUGGUGGUGGUGCAGCGGCAGCAGGAGGCCCCAUUAGCUAAAGUGGUGCUUCAGGUUAAGAACAGUUUCAGGUUAAGAACAGACCUCCAGAACGAAUUAAGUACUUAACCUGAGGUACCACUGUAGUUGUUCAUUUCCUUGACAUCUGAUGGGAGGGCAUUCUAGAGGGCGGGUGCCACCACCAAGAAGGCCCUCUGCCUGGAUCCCUGUAACCUCGCUUCUCGCAGUACGGGAACUGCCAGAAGGCCCUCGGAGGUGGACCUCAGUGUCUGGGCUGAACAUUGGGGGUGGAGAUGCUCCUUCAGGUAUACAGGGCCCGGCAGGGGUCCUUGUUAGGUCUACAAGGCAUCUUUUCUCAAACCACACCCACCUGCCCCACACCGAACAUCAUGUGACAUUGCAUGUGGGGCAGAUAAAGGCAUGGAUGAGACCGGGAACCCCUUAGCACAGCGGUUCUCAAGCUGUGGGUCCCCAGAUGUUGUUGGACUACAACUCCCAUCAUCCCUGACCUCUGGCCUUGCUAGCGAGGGGUGAUGGGAGUUGUAGUUCAGCAACAUCUGUGGACCCUCAGGUUGAGAAAGGCUGCCUUAGCAGAAUGGGGCUGGCUCUAGGUCCUGAUCCGUUGUUGGGCACUGGGAGGGAGCAGCUUUGAAGACCCAGACGGGCUUCAGAGGGGUUCUCUCACAAUGCCAGUCAGCUGAUCAGCGGGGUGAGGAGCUGCCUUGAAAGCAAUGUGUUCAUUGCUGCUGCCAGCGCACGUUCAAAGGAGCUGCUUCUAGGUACCCGCCAGCUGAUGGGCACCAAGAAGAGUCCCAUUGAAGAUACCACCUGACCUCAUAAUGAUGUCAGGUAGGGUUGCCAGCCCUCCAGGUCUGACCUGAAGUCUCCAGGUUUUCCUGGCCCCCUCCGGGGAGGAGGCAGGCAGAGGGCUUGAAUCUCCAGGUGGGUGGGAGUGUCUUUAAUAAUGAAGAAGAAUUAUUAAGAAGACUGUGCAUGUAGCUUGCAUGCUUCAGCCCAGCUUCAAAUUAUAGCACAGACACUCUGUGGUGGGGUCUGACCUCCUCCACUCUCCCAAUUAACCUCCAUCUCCAGGGCUGGUCUGCCUGACAUCACCAGGGGCCUUUCCCCAUGACAUCACCAGGUCUCAUGACAUCACCAGGUUUCACAUUUGGGAUGUGAAAUAUCAGGGUCCGGAAUGCUCCUGACCUGUGCUUUCAGUGCCAUCGACCAUGGUCUCCUGGAGUGGCUGUCUGAGUUGGGGGUGGGUGGCACCACUUUGCGGUGGAUCUUGUCCUACUUGGAUGGUCGUUUCCAGAGGAUAAUAAUAAUAAUAAUAAUAAUAAUAAUUUAUUAUUCAUACCCCGCCCAUCUGGCUGGGCUUCCCCAGCCACUCUGGGCGGCUUCCAAAAAAAAAUAUUAAAAUACUGUAAUACAUCAAACAUUAAAAGCUUCCCUAAACAGGGCUGCCUUCAGAUGUCUUCUAAAAGUCUGGUAGUUGUUCUUCUCUUUGACAUCUGGUGGGAGGGCGUUCCACAGGGAGGGCGCCACCACCGAGAAGGCCCUCUGCCUGGUUCCCUGAAACUUGGCUUCUCGCAGUGAGAGGACCACCAGAAGGCCCUCGGUGCUGGACCUCAGUGUCCGGGCAGAACGAUGGGGGUGGAGACGCUCCUUCAGGUAUACUGGACGUGCUCUUUGGCCCUAUGGAGCCUUCAGUGUUGGGCUCUUCGGGGUCCCAUUUUAACCCCUAGGCUGCUUAACAUCUACACGAAACCACAGAGCCGGAUUAUCUGGAGUUUUGGAGUCUGUGGUCAGCAAUAUGCGGAAGACACACAGCUCCACUUUACACCUGCAGGUUUGGCAGUGGAUGUGCUGGACUGUGGUCUUGCCUUGAUAAUGGCCUGGAUGAGAGCCAGAAAACUGAAGCUCAAUUCAGAUAAGGCUGAGGCUCUGUUGGUGGGAAGUUCCACAGACUAGACGGCUGGGAGGUUGCCUGCUCUUGAUGGGGUUUCACUUCCUCUGAAGGACCUGGGGGAUACUUCUGAACUUUUCGCUGUUGCUUGAGUCUCAAGUGGUGUCAAUGGCUCAGAGUACCAUCCAUCAGCUUCGGCUGGUGGCCCAACUGUGCCCCUAUCUGGACAGGGAUAAUUUGCCUUCUGUCAUCUCUGUUCUAGUAACCUCUAGGUAAGAUUACUACAACGUGUUAUAUGUAAGGCUGCCUCUGAAGGCGGUUCGGAAACUUCACCUGGUGCAGAAUUCAGUGGCCAGGUUGCUCACCGGAGCAAGACAGUUUGAGCAUAUUACACUGAUCCUGGUCUGACUGCACUGGCUGUCGAUUAGUUUCCGGUCCCAAUUCAAAGUGCUGUUUUUGACCUCUAAAGCCUUAAACAGUUCAGGACCACAAGACCUCAAGGACCACCUCCCCCCAUAUGAAACUACCUGGACCCUGAGAUCAUCAUGAGCCCCUUCUCCAUGAGGGGUCUGGAGAGUGACAACAUGAGAAAGGGCCUUUUCUGUGGUGGCUCCCCACUUGUGUGGAAUGCUCUCCCUGGCACCUUCGUUACAUCUGUUUAGGUGCCAGGUGAAAACAUCCUCCUUCAGCAAGGCCUUCGGCUGAUUGAUACUCUAUGGCCUUUUAACUGUGCCUGUUAGGAGUGGGGUUUUAUUGAUUUGUUUGCUUGCUUUUUGUGUAUUUUUCAUUUUCAUGUUGUAUUGUUUAUGUUGUAAACCACCCUGUGAUCUGCAGAUGAAGAGUGGUACAGUGGUACCUCGAGUUACAUACGCUUCAGGUUACAUACGCUUCAGGUUACAGACUCCGCUAACCCAGAAAUAGUACCUCGGGUUAAGAACUUUGCUUCCGGAUGAGAACAGAAAUCGUGCUCUGGUGGCAGCGGGAGGCCCAAUUAGCUAAAGUGGUGCUUCAGGUUAAGAACAGUUUCAGGUUAAGUACGGACCUCAGGAACGAAUUAAGUACUUAACCUGAGGUACCACUGUAUACAAAUGUAAAUCAUCAUCAUCCAAACUGGACUUUCCAGUAAGCUGUUUUGAGCGUAGGAAAUAUGAUGUGGAAAUGUUUUAAGCAAAUAAAAUCACUGUAUGUCCAGGAAACGCCCCCUCCCCUGGAGAAACCCGCCAGCCUUGACGAGGAUGCAGCUUCUGCCCCGACUGGUCCAGACCCUGGCGGAGAGGCGAGCGGAUCCCCUCCACACCACCACUGGCCGGCUUUCCAGGUGGCAGAAUCAUGCUCCAGCAAGUGCUACUGCAAACAUCAGGAGCAGAGGAAACUGCCCCAGAACGUCGUAACUUGGUGAGCAGGCUGAAGCCUCGAGUGCAAAUCCCGAGCAGCUGGUCACAAAACAAACUUCGGGGGGCAGGGGGAGUUAUUAUUACUACUACUAUUACUAGUACAGUGGUGCCCCGCAAGACGAAUGCCUCGCAAGACGGAAAACCCGCUAGACGAAAGGGUUUUCCGUUUUUGAGUUGCUUCGCAGGACAAAUUUCCCUAUGGGCUUGCUUCGCAAGGCGAAAAUGUCUUGCGAAUCUUGAGAUUUUUUUUCCGCUUUCCCCCCCCUUUAUCUAAUCUGCUAAGCCUUUAAUAGCCUUUAAUAGCCUUUUAGCAGCUAAUCCGCUAAGCCUUUAAGCCUUUAAUAGCCGCUAAACCGCUAAUAGCGCUAAUCCGUUAAGCCGCUAAUAGGGUUGCUUCGCAAGACGAAAAAACCGCUAGACGAAGACACUCGCGGAACGGAUUAAUUUCGCCUUGCGAGGCACCACUGUAUUAGCAUUAGCACGCUACAUCUUUAUCCCCAAAGGCUCCCAGACUGGCUUCCAUAUAGCCAAUUAAAACAAGACAGUCGCUGCCCCACAGGCUUACAAUGAAAAAAACAAGGACAAAGGGACAGGGAGAAAAGUAGCUAUGCCUGGAGCAUAAUAAUAAUAAGAAUAAUAGUUAUAAAAUAAUUUAUUAUUAAUACCCUGCCCAGCUGGCUGGGUUUCCCCAGCCACUCUGGGCAGCUUCCAGCAGAAUAUUAAAAUACGAUUCAUCAAAUAUUAAAAGCUUCCCUAAACAGGGCUGCCUUCAGAUGUCUUCUAAAUAGUCGUUUAUUUCUUUGACAUCUGGUGGGAGGGCGUUCCACAGGGCUGGCGCCACUACCGAGAAGGCCCUCUGCCUGGUUCCCUGUAACCUCGCAUCUGGCAGUAAGGGAACCGCCAGAAGGCCCUCGGAGCUGGACCUCAGUGUCUGGGCUGAACGAUGGGAGUGGAGAUGCUCCUUCAGGUAUACUGGGCCUUUGAGGCCAUUUAGGGAACGGCAAGAGUUGAGAGCGAUAAGCUGUGUGCUAAAAAGGCCAGUUGUCUCCCGACCCAGAUUAUCCUGUGUGGUUCUAACUAGCAUGCCACACCCAGGCAGGAGGAGCUGCAGAACUCUGUUUCUCAAAAGCAGAGACUAGCUGUGCUGGCUGCGCCUUAUGGGAACUGAACAUCCCAAGUACUACAGGUUUUUAAAGGUAAAGGUAAAGGUACCCCUGCCCGUGCGGGCCAGUCGUGUCCGACUCUAGGGUUGUGCGCCCAUCUCACUUAAGAGGCCGGGGGCUAGCGCUGUCCGGAGACACUUCCGGGUCACGUGGCCAGCGUGACGACGCUGCUCUGGCGAGCCUGCACCAGCACAGCACACGGAAACGCCGUUUACCUUCCCGCUAUAAAGCGGUACCUAUUUAUCUACUUGCACUUAGGGGUGCUUUCGAACUGCUAGGUGGGCAGGAGCUGGGACCGAAAGACGGGAGCUCACCCCGCCACAGGGAUUCAAACCGCCGACCAUUCGAUCGGCAAGUCCUAGGCACUGAGGUUUUACCCACAGCGCCACCCGCGCCCCAAAGGUUUUUACUCUCGUAUGUAAAUUUCUUGUUGUUUAGUCGUGUCCGACUCUAAUCCAUGGAGGCUCACCUGGGUAUUCUUUAACCAGCUGCCCUUUUGCAGUUGCAGUGAAGCCAUUGUAAGAGGCCUAACUCUGCAAAGCUCCACCCUGCUCACCUAUGCUUCUGCUCUCCCCCCUCCCCCCCCCGGUUUACAGGCUCAAUCCUUCCACCAACCAUCUGACCGAACCACCCUGGGUCGCCACCGCCAUGCUGGCCGUCUCGCUUGUUGCCGGGACCAAGUUCUGCCUGGACUCUUACGAACAGCAGCACAUUGCCAAUGAGGACUGAACCCCCUUCCCCAGGCUUCUGCAAAAAAUAAACCCUGUACAUCACACCAGCUUGGCCUGUGGCUUCCGUUUCGUGCGGCGGGGGUCCCUGCAGUCUGCCGGGACUUCUCCUCGAGACCUGAUAUUGGAAUCAAACGGGUUUCCAGUUCUGCAGAUGGGUUUGGAAACGGGCCACUUUAGAGCUCUGGGGAUUGUCGGAUAGAUAGCACCUGUGCAUACGAGCCCAGCAGAGGCAGCGAAAGUCAUAUGGCUGGCAUACAACAGAGACCAGAAACAAUGGGGAUCUGUCCAUUACUGUGCCCAGGCAAGAGGAUGACAAGUCCGUAUGAACCACCUCUGGAACUCCAUAGGCUGCCAGCCCUGUGGAUUCUAUUGGUUCUCCUGAAUCUGUUACCAGCUGCAAGGAGUUCUGGGCCAACUAUGAUAAGUACCAGAGGUGCCCUUCCAGGUGCUGUUGUGACUCCCAUCUUCCCUGCCCAUUGGUCCUGGUGGCUGGGGCUUUUAGGAGCUGGAGGUCAACAAAAUUUGGAGGGUCUCCCACUCCUCAUAUAUGCCAACCAUC